UAUUAAUACAGGAUAUGGUACUUCUGAUCUUCCUGAACUUGAUGUAUUCUUGAAUGCUCGUCCGGGACUUUCAAAGUUAAGGAGUUUAGAUUGUUGUAUUGGACAUAAAAGCGAUGAAAUAUCGAAUUAUCAGAAUACUAUGAAUUUAUUAAGGAAUUGGCCCGUACAAUCUUCAAAUCUUUCAAAAAUGUGUGUUUCAAUAUAUGAAGAUAGAAUUACUCCAAAUGAUUUAAUUUCAAGCAUUGUUAAAGCUCAACGAAAUCUUAAAGAAUUCAAGUUUGCUGGGAUUGGGACGUUUACGCAAAAUGUUAUUUCGGCACUAAAAUAUCAUUCACAUUCAUUGACAACCCUUAAACUUUGGAUGCUUGUUUUGGAUGGGAUCUCAUUUGAUGGUUUGGUUUCGUUAGAAAAAUUAGAAUCAUUGGAUAUUCAAUGGUGUGAAGGUAUAUCAAUUGAUCAUUGUGGAACUUUGUCUGAUUCAUCUUUUCAUCUCACUAGUCUUAGCAUCUGGGAUAAUCCUUCGUCACCAGAUAUUACUGCAACAUUGAUUACUAAAGCUGGAAAGGCCUUAAGGGAUUUGAAGACGGACAUGAUAACAAGGGAGAUGAUUGAAGUUGCAAAUAAAUAUUGCCCAAAUAUCACUCAUCUGUGUAUCAAGAUAAGAAAUGAGAAUCAUGAUUAUCUUUUUCCUUGGAUUAAAAGCCUAAGAUUAGAUCAUUUGGACUUCUUUUCUCAUGAGAAUGAUGCUAGUGACGGAAUUAGGUUAUUAGGAGAAUACAUUCCACUUACCGUAACCUAUUUGAACUUGGACUAUGCUACAUAUACACCUAGAUCGUUUAAAUAUUUUUUAAAUGUCUUUAAAACUAAAUACAAAGCUUUAGAAUACUGCUUGGACGUUCAACAUCCGUAUACACAAUUUUUCGAAUGGUAUUUAUUCAAUACUGUACGUGUCCAAUCCCAACAUCCAGAUGCAAAUUUUAAACCACCAU